AUGGCACAACUAUUUGAGACAUGCUUUCGCAUGGAUCCUGGCUUUGAUUUUGUGUUGAUGACCUCAGGUGGUAUUGUAGCAUCAAUAGUGACAUAUUAUAUUAGACCAGACCCAUUCAAGAAGCCAGAGAGACUGAAGAAUAAGCAGUAUAAACUUACAUUGGUCGAGUGGCUACUCAUCUCUGCUCUCAUCAUUGUGACUCUGACCAACAUUGUAUUGCGAUUCAUUAAAGGUGUGCCAUACUGGUUGGUCCAACCAUGUCAUCUGGCAUCAUUCCUACUUAUAUAUGUUGUUAUAUUUGCCGAGCACGAUACCAACCUCUUCCAUUAUUAUUACUACUCAGUUUGGAUGCCGGUAAUUGGAUUAUUAUCUCCACCCAAUGCAAGCUGGUUCACUUGGUGGUGGGAGCCUCAUAACUUCUAUGUUCAUCAUCUGUUGUUGUUGGGCAUAGCAUACUAUUACUUGUUUAUCAAUCAUAGAUUCCACCCACACUUGGAUACAGCCAGUGCCCCUCCAGCACACUACAUGGUGGAUCACAUCACUGAUGCAUCACGUCGCUUCAAGUUCUUCAAUCAUCUCUUUGGAUAUGGUGUCAUCUAUCACACUACAUUCCUCACGUACUUGGGACUGUGGUUGGACGAGGACUUUGACGCCAUGCGCUGUCGCUUUGGAGGUGGCGAGAUCUUUGGUAUUCAUUGGCGUGAGGCCCUGAUGGUGCUAUGUUACAUUGCUUCCAUAAUAUUCGUUUGGAUUCCAGACGUCAUCGUGCACAGGACAUUCAAGGCCAAGAACAAACAGUUGGCCAACAAGCACCAGGACAGCAGGAGUUACCAAAAGAUGAAGUAA